CUCAGCCCUGCCGCACACCCCCGCCACGGCUGGGCCGAAGCAGAUGUUACCCCUUACCUGGUGUCAGGGAACGGCAGCACAGGGAGCCUGGCACUGCGGCAUGUCUGUGUACACGCCAGCCGGGCAGGGAGCCGCGAUGCCCCAGUGGCCCCCAGCCACCCCUUCCUCCUCCUCUACCUCAAUGACACACGGGCUGGCCUGGCACCUCUGGCAGCAGAGCCCCGCCGGCACCGGCGUGACACGGGGACGCUGGCCCACGACCUGCCCGGCUACCUGCGGGAGCAGGGAGGUGAGAAGAGCGACUGCUCCCUGCGCCCCUUCCCUGUCAGCUUUGCCCAGCUGGGCUGGGACCACUGGAUCAUCGCUCCCCACCGCUACAACCCACGCUACUGCAAGGGCGCCUGUCCCCGCCUGCUCCGCUACGACUACCAUGCGCCCAACCACGCCGUGGUGCAGAGUUUCGUCCAUCAGCUGGUGGAUGCCAACGUGCCCCGGCCCUCCUGCGUCCCCUACCGCUACAGCCCCAUCAGCGUCCUCAUGAUCGAGCGCAACGGCGGCGUCCCCUACAAGGACGUAGGGAACAAUGCAGAGUCCUGCACCUGCCGGUAA